UUGAUGUAUAAAUUAUUUAAUCGUCAGUUGUCUGAUUUUUUCUACCUAUUACAUGAAAAAUAAUUUCAGAUAAAUUACACGAGUAUGAUAUGUAGGUAAUUUACUAAUUACGUAUAAUAGAAUCUUGUCAGAAUUAUUUACGAACGAAAUGAAACUUACAUUGCUGUACGAUGAAAUUUUCAACACGUGUAUAACUGACACGAAUCUACGAACCGUAUUGUUUAAAUUUUCGUUACAAGCUUAGAUUUCAAUUAUUCUCAAACAUGAUCUUUACUGUUUUCUUCUUGCGACCAAUCUCAAUUUUUCCAAAUCUUUUUCACACAUCAUCCAAUAAACUAAUCCUUUUAACUGCUCAGAAAAAUUCAAUUUUAAGAAAGUUAUUUUGUUUUAAAGGAUAUUGGAAUAUUAACGUGGCCGUCUGUAUAUGAACAAAUUCACGUGUGUAUAAUUAAAUGGUUUAGGAUGAAAUGGAUGAUCUCGAGGAAGGAAUCACCACGAAAGCGCUCUAAUCCUUGCAGGCGAUCGAAACGUUAACUCUUGUGAAGGGGGCGAGAAUUUAAUUACUUAAUGAAGCUAGUGGAACGGUCGUUCAACCGAAACUAUUAAUCACCAACUGCCUGCCUCGUGACCGUUCCGUGCCUUACCGGUUUCCGUUUCGUUAUAACUCGGUCACGCGCCCGUUGUGCUAAAUUAUUUAGGAUUCCCAACAAUUGCUCUUCUUCCACCAUCGAACGAUAAGAACGGCCAUCGCGCAAACCCCACUGGGGUUUAAUUACCGAAUGCAAAUGUAAAUAUACUUUAGGGACCAUCGCGUGGCCUUUGUACGCAAUGUUUUCUCUCUCUCUCUCUCUGUCCGUCUGUCUGUCUCUCUCUCUCUCUCUCUGUCUGUUUGUAUGGCGGACGUCCUUUGCAGUUCGCCCUUUACCCUCGAUUUCAGGUUGCAUAACGUUGUACGAUGCGAUCUUACCCGAUUAGUGCUACAAUGUUAACAGAAAGAGGUAACAGCAGGAAAUUGUAUACGUGAAUUGGGAAGCUUUAGCCUAGAUUUAUUGCUCCUUUAUGCGUCUAGUGUAACGUUUUUUUCCCAACUAUCUGUUUACCGAGUAAUAGGUCUGGAUUAACGAUUUGGGAUAUGUAAAUGUCGUAAAUUAGGGGCGGGUUAACUGUUUGCGAUUCUACGUCUAAUUGCGGUAUAAUCCUGCGAAUUUGUUAAUAUAAUGUAGUUAGCAUAGGGACGAAUGAAUGGUAAUUACAAAAUAAUGAUAAAACUUAUUAACUGUAUACAUUGGGAAGAGAAUUUUACUGUGUUUAUUAUAUUAGGUCUAUAAUGACAUCUUCGAAAGACAAUAUAAUUUUUUUCUUAAAAUAUAUAUAUUAUUUAUAGUUAGUGAAUAUAUGAUUUAUGGAUAUGGUAUUUUUUCAAUCUGUAUAUAUAAAAUAUGUGCGUGUAUUUGUUUGAGUUAUAACUUAAUUUUGAGUAUAAGAGGAAACUGUAUAAUGUGAAAAAGUAAGUUUGUUGCCCGGGACAAUGUUUAGUACUUUAAUCCGCUAUAGAAGAAAUAAUAUUCGAUUUAACUGUAUUCCUUGUAAUGUGUAUUUUACGUUUUAAUUAAACAUCGACAAAGAAAAUUACGAGUUUUGCGAUCGCAAUUGCUACGAACAAAACACGUUAUACAGUAUGCAGUAUAAUAAUUAAAAAUGGGCACACGUAUAUUCCCAGUUUACCUUUUUAACAAAAGUAUCUAAUUGUUUAUGUUAUUCCGUAAAAUAUGAAAAUACAGCUUAAUUAUGAACAACUUUCAAAAACAGGUUAAUGAGCGCGACCUACUCGGAAUAAAAUAUCAAAUUUAACUGGGAUUACCAAUUGUUUAUGCAAUAUCGUUGAAAUUUCACUUUCAGAUGUUUAACGAUUUUAUUAGCAUAGAUUAUCGCGAAUCGUUACAUUCUCGCGUGCAGUUAACAGCUUUCAGAAAUGUUCCCAUUUCGUAUUUUUUCCAUUCAAAUGAGAUACUAAUAUGCAUAUAUCUAAGUACAUGCAGUGCAACAAUCGAUAAAUCGAUCUAAUCGAGUGUUUAAUAAUAUUCACGAUCUCACUUACGACAAGCUUGCUCAAUCAAACUGAUUUGCACGUUUCUCUUAUUCCGUGCAAACUAGUGACUUAUUGCUAUCACGGACGCGUGGCUAGCACGUCCUAUACGCUAAUAUUGAACAAUUGUUUAAAAUAUUCCACGUUUAUUAGAUAAUGAUAUAAAAUUGGAUAAAACAUUUCAAUGAAUCAUUUACAUUUAACGCAGACAAAACGUUUAAAAAUAAAUUCCUUAUCGCAAAAUUCCUACUUAGCUCGUAGGAUUUCUUGCAAUUGUUUUUCUUUAUUUCUUUUCCUUAUAAAUGUCCAGGUCCUUAAGAAAUUCUUCGAAGGAUAAAGUCUAUUCCUUAUAACUCCUAACUAAAAAAAUUUUAAUAAACAAAAUCUUUCCUUCAAAAUUCCCAUCUGGUCCAAACAAAUCCUUUUCGCAGAAUUCUCAAUUCGCGCAAAAUAUUAUUAAUUUAUCACAGAGGAAUUUCCCGGACAUAUCUAUCAACAUUCAUCUCCACUACAACCGUGACUCGAUUUAUACAAAUUUCUUUGCAGCUAUCGCAAUUGUCAAACAUACCAUUUGGAUGCCCAUUCACCCUGCCAAAGCAACAGAACCACGUCUCAAAGGCUGUCUCAGAGUGUUUGGAAAUGCAUUUCUGCUUGGUCAGUUUCGCGUCACGAGUUUCGCUUUUUCUUAUUGGAACCGCCUUCUGACUCGGCGAGGCUUCCCAUUUCUUUUCGUCUUGACAGGUAUCGUCCUUGUAUCACCAAAUUUUUUAAAGGUUACAACACCGUUGCAAGUCUUUGCAUCUUCAACGUAAAAAUCUUAUCGUAGUUGUCGAUACAAAAAAUCCCAAACAUUUCCUUGUAACUCCGUUACUGUAAAACCGUCGUAAGAAAUUUCCCAUUUUUUUCUGGUUUCGGCAAGUUUCGAACGUUUGCUAAUUUACGAAACUCGUUCCUAUAGUGGUCUAACCGUCAGGAAUUGGUGCGUUCAAGGCCAUCGAGUUAGAGAACCCUUGGUUACGCUCGGUCCGCUUUUUCUCUUCGCUUUGUUCAAGACGAAGGAACGUGUUUGGAAAGGAUCAGAAAGAGUACAAACAGCGCUCGCGAUCCAUGCAGAAAUACUUCGUGCUCCGUGUGUUGUACAAAUUUCGUAAACUAAUACCCUGACAAUUUUAUUUCGCCUGGCAAAUGGCGUUGAUCUGUCGGGAUUAAACAGUGAGUUUAAAUAUCUGUUGGACUGAUUAUUUCGACAGAGUCGUUCAGAUCGAUAUCAAUACGGUUUUUCAUCAUCCGUGAACAGAAGAGAAGUGCAUUUCCAUCGAACGAAACGGAGAAACACGGAAAAACGUGUUUCGUAUUUGCCACAUCAAAUACGCGAUUCGAAUAAAAGUUUAUUUCUCCUACUGCUUCGUUGUACCAUUUCGGUAUAAUUACAUGCGAAACUUGUGUAAAUAUCUUUUUUUCCUGGAUGCAGAAGCGCGUUAAAUAAUAGCCGGAAAUGAAUGAUGCGCGUUGUGAUUCGAUCAUAAUGGGAAUAUUAAUUCAAUUAAAAUAACAGCGAGGCUGGCCAGUUGUUUGACUAUCAUAUCGUUGGAGAUAUAUAGUAGAAGCGCAAGGGAAACGAGAGGAAAUCAAUCAACACGGGGAAAACAUGUAACAACGAUUCCCAUAUUCGAUGUUCGUAUUUCCCAUUUUAUAUCGAUAGUAAAAUUGCACGGGUGUUCGAGCUUUAAUAACUUUUGCUCGAACGGAAUCGUUUGUUUAACAAUGCCUCGAUGUUUUUAAUGAAAACGUGCGAGAGCGUGCGUUCAAUUGGAUCAAUUAGAAACAUCGUUAUGCGUAACGUCGUGCGAGAUUCGAAUGGAUCGGAUAUUAUCGAAUUUCUUCCUUUAGUGCGUUUUAUUGCGGUUCAAUAAAUUUGGCAAAAUGAAUUGUCGUAUGAGGUUUAUGUUUGGAAUAAUCCUAUACAGGGACAGUAAGCUUCAAAAUCUCUGGGUAUUUGGUUAAUUGGCUGCAGCAUUGAAUCAAUAGCGUAAAAGCUGGUUCAAUAAUUUUAUAUCGUUCCUUUUUGCUUGCUAUUAGCCAUUUUCUUCGUUAAUACGAGUUAUAUUUAUUGUAAAUAUAUGUAGAUCAAGCGAAAUAAACAUAUAUAUUAUAUUACAUGUUAUAGUACAUCGCUGGCUAUACUUGUUAAAUAUUCAUUCAUAUAUAUUUACGUAUAUAUUAUAUUUUUCUAUAAAUUCAUUCAUCAAUUUUUUGACGAUCCUGCAAUCACUCUGCAAUCAUUGACUCAUUGACGAUUCUACCACUUGCUAAAGAUUCACUGACGAUUCUCUUACGUUUCUCUGGUAUCUGUCUCACGUCACAUAUUAUACAAUUUUUUCUACUGCAAUCUCAAAUAUUUUACACGUGGGUCAUAAGCCUAAAUCUUCAUGCUAUUCGCGCAUAUUCAUGGAAAUCGCUAUUUCGUUUUCUUUCACUCACUGUCGAUGUUCAAGCACUCGUCGCUCGACGAUUCCCUGCAUCCGCAGAUCAUUCCACGCAGCUUCUACAAUUACAAACUUCUUCGUAUCGGAUUACCGGAUGUACAUGUGUGAAAUUCCAAGUAUUAAUUCCGAGAUCUCAACUUUCAAUGUUCAAUAGACUAAUUAUAAUUACAAAAGUGUUUCUCUUCAGAAUAAACAAACGAAUGCAAGAAUUCCCAGGGAAUUCCCGAUUUCGAGUAAUCGGCUUUAUCUCUAUUUCCACGCGAUCGGCACCCGCAUUACUCGCAAUUAAACUCACGGGAGGAAGAACGAUGCAGGCCAAGUCCAUGGAACUGACCGCGGGGCUCUCGAGUGGAAAACGACUUUUCUUUUAAAUCAACCAACGAGGAAAAUCCUCGUGAAACCGCGAACUUGAUGGUUUACCUUGGUUCCUUCUUUCUCGUUGCGCUCUUCAAUCCUGAUCGAUUUCAACUUUCGUCGUGAUCGACUCGCAGUCAGAAAAGACGAUUCUUUAAUCCAUUAAGGAUCGAGUAAUACAAUAACACGCGUAAACGCAACGUUAUGAUUAAAUAAAUUUUAAUUAUCGUCGUGUAAAGCCAACAUUACAAUUAAACAAAUUUUACAUUUUAGACUUUCUCGAUGUCUGUCAGAUGACAUAUUCGUGUUUUUCCGGAUCCGGAAACAGGAGAAAUCACAAACGUAUCAACGUAAAUAGAGUAUGUUAUUGUUUCGUCGAGUUAAUGAAAAACGUAUUAUGAAGAGCGAUACGUUGCAAGAAACGAGACAGACAAAGACGAUCCUCACAUUUCAAUCUUCUCUAUUAAUUAGCCGCGACGCAUAUCCAAAAUGUCAAGUCUAAGUAUGCCUUUUACGUUUAUGUUGUGGGAAAGAACAGGAAAAUAAUUAACCGCGUUGGAGCGUGUCGUCACAGUUUAUAAAAGCGAACGAGAGUGGGAUUGGAACAAAAUCGAGCCGUGAGUUUUACGUGUCUAAGCGUCUACGUAUCGUUGCCGAGUUCAGUUUCCUCCUUCGUCGUCUUCGAGAAUGAGAUCGACGCUGACUCGCGUCGACGGCGUUCGAUCGCUUCCCGAGAUCCGCGCGCGUGUCGAUCGCGUGCUUCCACCUUUUUGACGGAAGAAAUCAUUGAGCCAUUGGGAACAAGAAGGUGCAAGACUGGCAACAAGUGAAGAAGAAAAUUCUUUCUUUAUUCAAUUUUCUUUCCGUUUGCAUUUAUUAGAAACGGUUGAGUUUUUUGAGAAAAAUCGUGCACGGCGAUCGAAACUUCAGAAUCUCAAGUGAAAGGAAGUUUAUGGAAAAGGAGAAGAUCAUCAGACUUUCUAAGAAAAAGUGUCCCGAGUGACCUUGGAUUUAACCACGUUUUAACAGGUUCCACAGCAUAUUUACCUCGCAAACCAAUGAAACAGACUGCACAACUCCAAUAAUUCUCUCGUUCUUCAACUUUCAAACCGUCCGACUAUAAAAUCUGAAGGCUCAAUGACAACCAUGGAGCGUGGAAUAUUACGACAGAUGUUUAUUGGAAUCGUUUGCAACCUUCUGAUCAUCGAUAGUGGAUUGAACGAAGGAUGGAGCACUCCUAUUAUACCAAAAUUCGAGCAGGACGAUCCUGUGAAAGUAUCCAGCGACAAAGUGGUUUGGAUAGUGAACUUGAUGUACGUCGGAGUUGGUCUCGGCUCAAUCGUGCCGUUUCUUUUGAUGGACAGGAUCGGUCGCAAAGGAACGCUAUUGUUCGCCACGAUACCAAAGAUUGCCAGCUGGAUUUUAAUCGGUUUGGCAGCUACUGUUCCACAGCUUUACUUUGGUAGAAUACUUGCUGGCAUUGGAUGUGGGAUAACGUAUUCUGUGAUGCCUAUGUACUUGGGCGAAGUUAGCAGCAAAAAGACCCGUGGACCGUUAGGUACUCUGAUGGCUGUGCUUCUAAACACGGGGAUGAUGCUAGCGUACGCGAUCGGCUUAUGGGUGUCUCGUUUCACGAUGUCCAUGAUCUCGGUCUCGAUACCCUUAAUAUUUCUCUUGACGUUUGUCUGGUUACCGGAAAGCUCCGUGUUCCUCACGAAGAAGAACAAACUAAUAUCCGCGGAGAGGACGUUGAAAUGGGCGUUAGGAAAGGACGACGUGAUGGAGGAACUGGAAGAAAUCAAACGGAUCGUGGCGACCGAAGAUCACAGCCCCGAUAGAACGUUGGGAAGAUCAUUGCAGGAGAUGUUCACUAGGCGUGAGAAUCGUCGUGCUUUUCGUAUCGCUGUGAUUGUCAUGAGCGCGUUGACGUUAACGGGGGCGGCUCCUUUGCUCGCUUAUCAAUCGUUCAUAUUCGAGGAAGCUGGCUUCGAGGUCGCAACGAAUAUUAGCAUCGUGAUCACUGGAUGUGCAAUUGUAUUAGCUGGAAGCGUGUGCGUGUUGCUGGUGAGGAUGGCCGGCAAGAGAUUGCUGUUGCUGAUCUCGACGCCCAUCUGUGUGGUGUCCUUGACGAUGAUGGGAAUCUUCUUCGGGCUCCUGACGAGCGACCACGACGUCUCCAAGCUACGAUGGAUACCCAGCGUGUUCCUUGUGAUUUAUGUGCUUGGGUACGGACUCGCGCUGAACCCGAUCCCGCUGGCCUACGUAGGCGAGAUCUUUCACAUAGACGUGAAGGUACCCGCCGCCAUAUUCUGCUCAGUCUAUUACGCCAUCGCUACCACUACCAUGGUAAAAUUCUAUCAGGUGCUUCAAGAAUCGUACGGAACGUACAUGCCAAUAUUGGUGUUCGCUGUGAUUACUUUACUUAUAUGGUUACUAAUUUAUCGAUACGUGCCAGAGACCGAAGGAAAGACCUUGGAGGAAAUACAAAUAGAAUUACGAAGAAAAUAUUGACAAUUUUUAUUGACUCGAUUCAGCGUUGUAAAUUAUUUAAUAAAGGAUAUAUGACACUUAAAUAAAAGUAGUGGAUACUUCGUUUCCCUUACUUUAUAGCGUUACUUUGUUGAACUAUGAGUUUGAUAUACGUAUGUACGAUAUAACGUAGAAUAGAUGUUAGAGUUUCCCUGUAACACGAAAAGUCUCAUAUUAAAUCGAAUCGAGAUUUGAAUAUUUAAAGGACAUUAUUAGUUCAUCUGGAGAUGUUCUAACUUUAAUCAGAGUUUCAACAAUGUUCGAUGUAUAAUAAUCUCGUCUUUGAAACUUGUGAAUUAACAUGCAAUGGCAACGUAUUGUUGGAUUAGAGAGCUAGUUU